UGAAGGGCGGCCGCUGCCCGGUAAGGGGCGCCGUUGCUCGAGGCCGUGGCUUGCUCUGACCUAGGUGCUCUCCUCGCCUCCGCUGCUGGCCAUGGCGGCUGCUGACCAGCUUCGCGCCGAGGCAGCGGCUCCCCCGUGGCAGUUCAGCGGGGCGUCGGGAAUGUCCCUGGCAGUGUGUGCGGUCCUGCUAGGCUUGGGCUGGGCCUCGGGCCAGCGGCUGGGCCGACGCAACGCGGCCACCCGGGUGGAUUGCUGGGUCUUGAGCUGGCUCUGCUCCGACGUGCUGGUCCACGUUGCCCUGGAAGGCUCAUUUGUUUACCUUUCUGUGAUGGAAAGUGUUGAAAAAUCAGACAGCAUACUGGCUUCACUAUGGAAGGAAUACGGCAAAGCAGAUGCACGGUGGCUACACUCUGAUCCUACUGUUCUCUCAGUGGAAAUACUAACAGUUUUUCUGGAUGGACUCUUAGCAUUGGUUCUCAUCUCUGCUAUUCUCAAACAAAAGUAUUAUAGUCCAAGGGACUUUCAGGAGUCUUCUCCAACAACGCAAUUCAAAAGUGUCAG